ACAUCAUUAAUCUUUGACGAACCGUUCCUUAUAUCUCGAUCCAUCUGCUGCAACCAUGGCUGCCAAGGAUCAUGUUAAUGAGAUGAAGGAACUUACGAGCGGCGUGACUGAAUUGAUUGGUGAGUUUUGGAAUGGUUUAGAGGAUCUGUCACCAGCGGGAUCCAGCGAUCCGGGUCAUCUUCUUGAUCAACUUCCCCUGGAAGCUCCUCAACAUCCUGAUAAAUGGCAAGAUCUAUUGGAUGAUGUCAGGAAGAUGAUCAUUCCAAACAUGCCUCACCUAUCGAGUCCUAAUUACCAUGGAUAUGUGGAGAUUGGAACAUCUGCUCCGUGUGUGGCCGCAGCCCAACUUAUCGCUGCUUUGACCUCGCCAACAUGUACUUGGGUAAAAUCAUCACCUUAA